AUAAACAAGCCGUUUGACUCCCAAAUAGAUCUUCACCCUCGCAUUGGACGGAAUGAGUAUAUGAUAUUGGGCAUUAUUUCAUUUGAGCUCUCUCUCUCUCUCUGCAGUGUGCAUACCCAACAAGCUUUGACCAAAAUUAGGGCACAACACUCUCACCUCCAAUUCCAGCAAUUCAUUGGAAGAUGAAGAGAAUUUAUCUGCACAUUGGUAUUAUUCCCUUUAUCUCUUUCUUUCCUAUUUCCGUUUCUUCUUCUUCAACUACAAUUAUUAGACUUUAUUCUUCAACCCAUACUAAUAAGUCCAUUUCAGUAAAGGCUAAACUUGGGGCUAAUACCAAUUUUGAGAGUGUUAAGUCUUUAGAUGACGCUGUUACUCUCUUCCAUCAAAUGGUCAUAAUGCUGCCUCUUACUUCUCUUGUCAGCUUCUCUAAAUUAUUUAAGACUAUUCUCAAUAUGAAGCAUUACUCUGUUGUCGUUUCUCUUUUUCGAGAAAUGCUGAAAUUAGGUAUUCCAAUUAAUGGAGUCAUCUUGAAUAGUGUGAUUAACUGUUACUGCCUGAUGAAUCGUGCUGAUUGUGCAUUUUCUGUGUUACCCAUUUACUUGAAGAAUGGCAUUCCGUUUAAUGUUGUCACUUUUUCCACCCUAAUUAGAGGAUUAUUUGCUGAAAAUAAGGUCAAAGAUGCUGUUGAGUUGUUCAAAAAAUUGGUGAGGGAGAAUAUCUGUGAGCCCAAUGAAGUCAUGUAUGCAACCGUCAUGAAUGGACUCAACAAAAGUGGCCAUACACAAAAAACAUUAAGUUUGCUCCGGUUAAUGGAACAAGGAAACACUAAGCCCAACAUAUUUAACUACAGCAUUGUUAUAGAUGCUCUUUGCAAAGAUGGAAACUCGGAUGCUGCUAUCAACCUUCUGAACGAGAUGAAGCAGAAAGACAUCCCUCCAAAUAUAGUCACCUGUAAUUCAUUAAUUGAUGGUUUGUGUAGACUUGGCCAGUGGGAAAAAGUUAAGACUUUGUUCUCUGAGAUGGUGAACCUUAAUAUUUAUCCAAAUGUGCGCACCUUCAACAUUGUGAUUGACGGACUAUGCAAAGAAGGAAAAGUUGAAGAUGCCAAGGAAAUAAUGAGCCACAUGAUUGAAAAAGGUAUAGAGCCUAAUAUAAUCACCUACAAUGCGAUAAUGGAUGGAUAUUGUUUGCGUGGUCAAGUGGAUAGAGCGAGGAGAAUUUUUGAUAUCAUGAUAGAUAAAAAUAUGGAACCUAACAUUAUUUGUUAUAACGUACUAAUAAAUGGAUACUGUAAGGAAAAGAAAAUAGUUGAGGCCAUGCAAUUGUUUCGUGAAAUUUCUCAAAAGGUAUUAAAACCUAAUAUUUUUAUCUACACUACUAUUUUGCAUGGUCUGUUUGAAGUUGGAAGAAUUGGAUCUGCUAGAAAAAUCUAUGAUGAGAUGUUGUCUGCAGGGCCCAUUCCUGAUCUAUACACUCAUGUCACAUUGCUCAAUGGUUAUUUUAAGUAUGGUCUUGUUGAAGAAGCUUUGUCGAUUUUUAAUAAGUUGGAAAGAAAGAUAGAACAGACUAGUAUUGAAUUUUACAAUGUUGUUAUUAAUGGAUUGUGCAAAAAUGGUAAAGUCGACAAAGCUCGUGCUAUUUUUGAGGAGCUUUCUUCAAUUGGAUUGCUUCCAAAUAAGAGAACAUACAAUACAAUGAUAAAUGGAUUUUGUCUAGAAGGAUUGUUAGAUGAAGCUAAAGAUAUGCUAAGAAAAAUGGAGGACAACGAUUGUUUUCCGGACAAUGUCACUUACAAUGUGUUUGUGCAAGGAUUUCUCAGGUGUAGCAAAAUUAGUGAAAUGCAAACUUUUAUGAAGAAAAUGACUAGAAGGGGCUUCUCAUUUGAUGCAACUACAACUGAGUUACUAGUAAAGGCUAUAAGUGAGAAUCCUUCCGUCCUUGACAUGAUACCAGAGCUUCAAUCAAAAAAUAAUAAGUGAAUAUUUCUUUCGCUUUGUUUCUUCGGCUGACAUUAUGAAAUGAUAUCCAAUGCAAUUGUGGAAGCUGAAAAAAUGGCAAUUAGUACAUCGCUUGAGCUUUCCAGGCAGGCUUACAGAGGGGAGGUACUCUUUCUGAGCUGAGGUCUACCGGAAAACAGCCUCUCUACCUCACAAAAAGCAUGUCACUUGCCAGAUAACGGUGUAACAUUCCAUUGGAGAUGUUGUCCGUGCUGCUGCAAGUGAGCGUUGGGAUGAGCUGAACCAUUUAAAUGCUUAUAUACGAGGAGGUUACUAGAUGAUGAUGACAACAAAUAAAUGGAUUGUGCGCUAAAUCCUGUAAUAUUUGCAUGUCUGGUUCUUCUAGUAUUGGUAUGCGCUCCUGAAUGUGGCCUACUGCAAUACUUUUCUAGUUUUGUGUGUUUAUAUCCGACAGGUAGCUUAAGAUGGCAAUAUCUCUAAACACUAUAAAUAGUGUUGCUUUUUUGUGGCAUUAGAUGCCUCACUCAAAUUAAUCUACAUAGAAGGGGAUUCCAACUCUCCUUAAGAUGCUCUCUUUGUAAAUCUGAAUCGAAGAGCAACAGCCAUCUUUUCCUUCAUUGCUGUUUUACCUCCCAGAUUUGGAAUCUGUUCACUUUGGGUAAAAUGAAACGGGUCAUACCCGGGAACACUUGUGACUUUAGGGCCUGGAGUUUUGCCGGAAGAAGGGCAAAGCGGAAAAAAUGGAGGAGGACAAUUCCAGCUUGCAUUUGGUGGACUUAUAUGGAAAGAAAGUAACAACAUAUGUUUUGAAGAAUAUAGCUCCAGUGCUAUUCAAGUAGGUAAAAUGAAUAAGUAGUAUGUACAUUUUUGCUGUAUUUUUGUAGAGGAUACUCAUUCUGUCCUUCAAUUUUUGCAAGCCUUGUAAAGUACACAAGUGCUUUAGAUGUAAAUACUACUUCCACCAUAUUAUUUAUGCUGAUGAUAUAUAUAAAUUUGUGGCAUUGGAUGCCUCUUGGAAA